AGCAAUCCCAAGUCCCAACCACGUUGUUCGUUGCUGACGGUGAAAACCCGGGUCCAUCAUGACUCGGCUGGUCUGGUUUGGGCAUGGUCGCGGGUUUCUGGUGUCAACCUUGCCGUGUUUCCUCUGGCGUGUCUGGGCACGGCAUCGUCUCACGGUCUCUUACACACCUACAGAUACUUGUGAAAGGACCCUUAAAUCUGAAUUUCUAAGCAACCCCUCCGACCCUCGGAAGCGCUACCGGCCAUGUUCGGUAAGUAGGCCCGACCGUGCCUCCCAGCCGCUGCAUCCUGCACCUAGGUCCUGCGCAGUAUUCUUCUUCAGGCUUCAGGGACUUUACCGCGCAAGACCAGGACCGCCGUCUGCCAGGCCCCAGCCAUUACCAGGCUGCCAGGGCAUCAUUAUUGAACUUGAUGGAUGGUCAGGGAUGAACAACAGCCCCGCUAGCUGGUAAUCUGCCCGUUCAACCAUGUCUUGUUCACUGCCCACGCCCUGGUCUUGCACGUUUGAUGCCAACCAGCUUGGGUAAAGCACAUGUCGGUCCCAGAACAUCGUGAACCCCGCCGUUGCCGUCAAUAUCCCCUGCGCCCUCCACUGUCAGCAACUUGCUCCCGUCGUUUGCGGGCUCCGGGCUGGGUGCCACGGGUGCCUUGGCCGCCGGCCUCUCCUCUAGGGACCCGCCUGCGUGGUUGGUCGGAUCGGACACCCAUAAUCCGUCUGUCAGCGUCCCUGGCUGCCUUUCCUCCCUUGUUCAACCUUAACGUCUGCCG